AUUUCCCUGUUAUACGAUUCCUAAUGGCCUCCCUUUCCUUGCUUGUUAUGUUCUUUCUCUCCCCUCUUCCGCUUCUCAGCUCGGCCGAAGAGCAGAUACAUCACCCGGCUUGUCCACCAUUUCGUUGUGGGAAAUUUGGGGAUAUCUUGCCCCCCUUUAGAAAUAACUCCAACUCUAAAUGUGGGUUGUACACAGUUGAUUGUUCAGAGCCAGUUCCGAAGAUACAGUUGAAAGAAGGAGGAUACUGGUAUGAACUUGAUGACAUCUCUCGGCAUGGACAUCAUAUGGCCAUCAAGAGCGGAGCGCCACCCGCACCUUUUGCUGACAUCAGUUGUGAAUCCAAGGACAGUUUUGCUCUCCCUAGUCCUUCCAUGAUAUCUAACCUGUCCACGACUUAUUUGUUGACCGUCUUCAAUUGCAGCCAAAACUCAGGCAUUCAUGUCCCGGCAGGAUUUGAUCACACUCCCUGCAGAGAUUAUGAUAUCUACUAUACUCUUUCAAAUAUUAGUUUCUCGGCUUUUACACCUCACUGUUCGAUGAUCCAACUCCCAGGCUAUUUUCAAACUCCCAAACAUGGAAUUUCAAAUUUACCUCUCAUCAUUCUUGAUGUGAAUGUCAACGAUUUUCGUCGUCGUUGUUACAGUAUGCAAGGCCUAUGCAAACCUAAGGACAAAGAUAAAUUCAUUUGUCUUAAUGCGGAAAAAAAGAAAGGUGUUGACAGUGAAAUUUUGUUAAUAGGAUUACGCCGGGUCACCUUCAUUUCCCACACAACAAAAGGAGAUAAGAAUUCGCGAUUGAAGUGGGGACUAAGUAUCGGACUUUCUCUUCCAAUAAUCUGUUUGGUAAUGUUCUUUUUUCUCUGGCGCCACAAACUGAAACGAUCCGCAAAAUACCUCUCAAGGAACAUCUCUGAUCCAUGCAUGAAUUCAGACCCAGAGGGGGGAAGUGGCUACUAUGGAGUCCAUGUCUUUUCCUACAAGGAUCUUGAAGAAGCAACUAACAAUUUUGAUAGCGAAAAAGAACUCGGUGAUGGAGGUUUCGGAACUGUAUACCAUGGCAAACUCAAAGAUGGGAGGGAAGUUGCAGUAAAGCGCUUAUACGAGCACAACUACAAGCGAGUAAAACAAUUCAAAAAUGAGGUUGAAAUCCUUACCCGCCUGCGCCACAAGAAUCUGGUUUCCCUCUACGGCUGCACUUCAUGGCACUGCAGGAAACUCCUCCUUGUCUAUGAGUAUAUCCCGAAUGGCACCGUUGCUGAUCACCUCCAUGGAGAUAGAGCACAAACUAGUCCUCUUACAUGGCCAGUUCGAAUGAGCAUAGCCAUAGAAACUGCGACUGCCUUGGCUUAUUUACAUGCUUCUGACAUUGUCCACCGCGAUGUGAAGACUAACAACAUUCUACUUGACGAGAGCUUCUGUGUCAAAGUUGCCGAUUUUGGACUUUCCCGGCUCUUCCCCAAUGAUGUCACUCAUGUCUCGACGGCUCCACAGGGGACACCUGGCUAUGUUGAUCCCGAGUAUCACCAGUGUUAUCAGCUAACCAGUAAGAGCGACGUGUAUAGCUUCGGAGUUGUACUGGUUGAGCUCAUAUCAUCUAUGCGUGCUGUUGACAUAACUAGGCAUAGACAUGACAUUAAUCUAUCUAACUUGGCAAUAAUCAAGAUUCAAAAAGGGGCAUACAACGAGCUGGUGGAUCUGCGUCUUGGGUUUGACUCAAAUAAUGAAGUUAAGAGGAUGACAAUUGCUGUUGCAGAGUUGGCCUUUCAAUGUUUGCAACAAGACAAGGAAAUGAGGCCUUCCAUGGAUGAAGUCUUGGAGGAGCUGAAAAUAAUUGAGAGUGGGAAUAAUGAGUCUGAGAAUCAUGUGAAGGGUUUGGAGGGUGUAACAACUAGUGUUCAGCCACCACCUUCACAAGAUUGUGAUGAAGUUGGGUUAUUGAAGAGAAUAAAAGAGCAGCCGCUAUCACCGAAUGCUGUGACUGAAAACUGGCCUAGUAGUAGGUCUUCAUCAACAGCUAAUAUAAGUGGCUAAAGUUUUCUUUCCAUUCCGAAUUUUUCAUGAGAAAUGAUGAACAAUAUUUGGUAUGAAAUAACUUGAUGUUAAUUGAUGGGUCCCAAUUUGUUUUCUCAUGAUCAUUUACCUGCUUUGUUGCCUGUUAUAAGCUGUUUACCCAUUAUCCAGUGCGCACAACACUUGUAGGAAUGGUUUGAGGGAGUGUACAGAGUAAGGGAAUGUAUUAUAGUUUACGUUCAUACUUUGAACAUA